AUGGAACUCCUUCUCGCAACAAUCUCUUUGCUGGUGGGCUGCGUCACCGUGUGGCGGUGGUCGCUUUCGACCUCCAGAAAUAGUCAACUACCUCCCGGGCCGCCUGGUCAUUGGUUCUGGGGAAACGAUUUUCCAAAGAAAUUAUCGUUCAUCAAGUUCUACGAGUGGUCCAAAGAAUACGGGCCAGUAUUCUCUUUGCGGAGAGGGAGGCGAGUGAUAGUUGUUGUCAAUGGAUAUAAGGCUGCCAUGGACAUCUUGGAGAAGGAAGGAGUUUCGUCCGCUGAUCGACCUCAGAAUAUAGCCGCCAGCGACAUAUUAUCAGGUGGAAAGAGGCUGCUAUUAUUAGGCGUAGGAGAGCGCUUCCGAAAGUCGCGCAAGGCACUUCACAAGCACCUGUACCCACGGAUGGCCGCUUCCUAUGAGCCUCUGCAGGCAUUCAACGCCAAGAUCCUCAUCCGUGAUAUCCUCGACGAUGCUGACGACCAUUGGGAGCACGCAAAGCGAUACGCCGGCUCCGUUAUAUUGUCCCUGACCUAUGGGAAACCUUCUCCAAGCAAUAAAUCCGACCCUAACGUUGCCAUCAUCAACGAAGGACUCGUCCGCGUUGGAGAGGCCAGCCGUCCUGGAGCUUACUAUGUCGAGCAGCUGCCGUGGUUGAAGUACAUCCCAUUCUACGGCAUGAAGCUCAGAAGAUGGCAUCGCGAGGAGUUGGCGAUGUUCAGGGAACAAUUGAAUGGUGUGAGAGAUGACAUGGCCAAAGGCAAGGCAAGGCCGUCAUUUGGGAGGUACCUUGUCGAAAAGCAGGAGAAUUUAGGUCUAUCGGAUGAUGAAGCUGCCUACCUCGCCGGUUCGAUGUUUGGCGCGGGCUCCGAAACGACUGCUUCAGGAAUCAGUGUAGUCAUCAUGGCAGCCGCCUUGUACCCCGAGGCCCAAGCCGCUGUGGCCAGGGAACUGGAUAAGGUCGUAGGACCCGACAGAUUGCCCUCGUAUUCAGAUUGGGACCUCCUCCCUCAGGUCCACGCAUUUUAUCUCGAAGCGGCUAGGUGGCGACCGGGGGUGGCGGGAGGAUUUCAGCAUAGCACUACCAAGGAUAUACUCUGGAAUGGCUAUCAUAUCCCAGCAGGGGCUACGAUUAUUGGGAAUCACUGGGCAAUUGGACGUGACCCGGAAAUAUUUCCUGAUGGAGAUGAGUUUAAAUCUGGACGUUGGUUUGAUAAGGACGGGAAGGUGAAACCCGACAUGAAGUUUCCUGCUUUCGGCUUUGGAAGACGCAUAUGCCCUGGAGCCGAGGUUGCGACCAGAUCCAUGUUCAUCAAUACCGCCUUCCUCCUUUGGUCCUUCCGCAUCAAGACAGACCCCAAGCGACCUAUCGAUACGCUUGCGUUCAGAGAAGGAGUCAUCACGCUUCCGCUUCCAUUCGCCGUGCAGUUUGAAACGAGAAGAUCGGGCUUGAGGGAGAUGUUAAGUAUGAACGACGGCGACGACGAAGUCCGCUUUGGGGUAUAG